CUGUAUCAAAAGUUAGGAAACAAAGCAUAUCAAUCCUAAAUUCUUUUCCAACCCCCAACCCCCAAAAAGUAAAAAUAGCGCUAAAAUCACUCUCCAAAAUCAAACAAAUCUGCAGUUCAAACUAAACACCACAAAACACAAAAAUUACACUAAAAAAAACUCUGAAGUUCAACCUCCAUCAGAAAACUCGUUUAGCUUAAUCAAAACGAUGAUGAAUUCCACGCUUUUCAUCGCAGUUCAAUGCUGUCACUGUUCCACAAUGCAGGUGAAGCAGCAGAAGAAAAGCAGCAAUAAAUGGAACUGUGUGGUCUGCAAUCAAAAGCAGUCUGUCACGAAAUUCUACGCUCAAGGUUAUCAAGCCAAGGAAAUCCGAAACAUCGUUCAGUCCUUCAAUAUGUCUCGGAAAACAGUCGACGAUAAUCAACUGCAACAAGGAGACCCUUCGUUGCGACGUUUCGUCGAAAACUUGGAAAGUGAUCAGGAGAAGGUGGAGAAGAAAGCGAAGCAACGUACUGAUUGGAAUGAGUAUUUGGAAGAUGAGACUAAUGUCAAUGUGCUGGAACCUGCUUACUUGAAAUAUAAACAAAAUGGGGAAGAAAUGGGAGUUGAGCCGAAAGUUGUAACCGAGUUUUCUGAGGAUUUGGUGUUCAAGAAGCCGAAAUUGAUGGGUAAAUUUGGUUCGUCUUCUCUUGAGUGGGGCGAAAAUCUAACAUACAAACCAAACUUUUCUAAGAGAGGAACUGGAUCGAGUUCUUUAAAAGUAGAUGACACUGAUCUGAUCAGAGAUGUUAGAAGCAGUGAUCAACUGCAGAGAGAUAAGGUUUUGACAACACAGACAACGAGUAAUUCCAAAUGGUCACAAUACAUGGCAAAAGAUGAUUUUCCCGGAGACACUGGAAGACAUUUUCAGAAGCAGCAGCAGAAAGACCAACUACUGAAGAAAGCAGGUGCUUCGAAAUGGAGCGAGUACAUCACACAAGAUGGUGAUGGGGGUGAUGAAGGAAUGAAAGCGGCUUUCGCUGAUGAUUUAAGACUGAUGAGUACACUGGAAAAUGAUGGUGUCGAUCACCUGGUCGAGGAAGACAUCCACCCCGACUUCAUGUAGUCUGUCAGUGGAUUAUGAGUAUACUUAUUCAGUUAUUUGUAGGAGAUGCAGCAGCCAAGGCAGAAGCAAGUGUCGGCAUCGACACAGGACCAGAUCUCGCAGCAUCAACAGGACUCAAGGGCAUCCCAGAAACAUCCAAAGGCAUAGGCAUCAUCUGCCUCACCAUUCCUUGAGGAACCACAGAUGUAUCAACACCAUUUCGUCCAUUACCCAUAUAUCUGAAACUCUGUCCACCAUUGCGAUUUGGCGUCUACAUUAGUGAGAAAAAAUGUUCUUAAAGACGGACAAAAGGCAAAUCAAAGAAACAAGGAAAAAAAAAAAAAAGAAAAGAAAUGAACCUGAUUAUGUUGCUGCAGCUGAUGAGAA